AUGACGACGAUGCACAUGUACGAUGCAUGUCUUGCGCAACUUACCUCUUGGGCUGACGACUCGAGUACGCAACUUAAGGCAAACAUUGCCAAUUCGACGGCAACGUGGAAAAUUGUCAAUAGUCACUCAACUCAUUAUGCCGAAGCAGGUAUGCAGGAGUGGUUUGACAUUAUCAAUGAUACAGGUGUCCACCUUUGGUUAAAUGGACACACGCACGGAGAAAAUCGUCGUCUCUUGUCCGCUAGUGGCAUCCCGACGUAUGCGGAAGGUUAUCUGCAGUAUCACACGGCAGAUGACAAGUGGUCGUAUGCGGAGAGUUUUAACUCGACUAGUGUGGGUGGUGUGGCUACAAAACAUUGCUGGUACGUCCCGAACGACGGAGGUGAAGGUCAAGAGUGCACGUCGUCGUCGAGCUCUUCUUAG